AAUAUGAGUUUGAUGUGUUGAUUGAACCUAAAGAACUUGCGUCCGGGUUCUGCAAGUGUAAGGUAUAAACUACGGUCGGUGUCCUGCAUGAGGACAGUAUUGGCAGUGUGCCACUUAAGUGUUUAGCUGUAUGCGUAGUAUCAAUCAUGUAUAAUCUAUAAUGUCACCGAGUACUUACAUUGUUGUGAGGUCAGUCUACUAGUACUAGUAAACAAAGUGAACACUGUGCCAUGCCGACUUCAAGGAAACAAAUUGCGUAAUACGUGAUAAAGGGAUUUCUCGUCAGGUCUGAUCUUUUGUUAAGUUCGGGGUUGCAUUCUUUGUGAGAUACAUGGAGUUCUGAGCUGCGCAAUUCUCUAGGUAACAGAAUAAUGUGCCAGUGAAAGCGACAAAAGUGACGAAAUCAUGUUCAGUUUUCACAAACCGAAGAUCUAUCGGAGUAUACACGGCUGUUGUAUAUGCCGUGCUAAGUCAUCAAGCUCAAGAUUCACGGACAGCCGAAAGUAUGAGACAGACUUUUUUCAGUGCUUCAAAAUCACAGAAGGACGCUCAGGGGAAAUUUGCAAUGCUUGUGUACUAUUAGUGAAAAGGUGGAAGAAGCUGCCGGUGGGCUCCAAUAGGAAUUGGCAUCAUGUUGUGGACGCCAGGGCAGGCCCAGGGACCAAGUCCAUCAUCAAAAUCAAGAGCAAAGCUGACAGUAUGCAGAAGAAGAUCAAGAAACAUAAGCAUAAGCAUCGGAGGAAACACUCACAGGGCACAGGCUUAAAUGGUUUCUCAAGAAGAUGCUCAGAGGAGAUUGUCUAUGAUCCUGAACUCCAUAUACGACGGACAAGAUCCUCAGCUUACCAACCCCCCAGUCCUACAUUCAGUGACCUAUCAGACGAUUCCAAUGAGCUUCCAGCCGGGAGGCGGUCAGCGCACAAGUUCAGUUCAUUCCUUGACUUAUCAUAUUGGAAAAAGACACAGAUCUGCUGUGGAAUAAUCUUCAAGGGUCCAAAUGGUGAAGUCGUAGUCGACCCAAGCCUCUUCAAGCCGUGCAAUGCCUGUAAGAAACCCUCAGGAAAGUCGUCACCUGACCGAAACAGUGACGGUGAGAGUAACGCGAGUAACGAGUCAGAAAAACACGAAAUGUACAAUUCCACCCUCAAAUAUGACAGCGAAAAGUUGGAUGAUCAAGACGUUGAUGAACAUUUGUUUGACGAUGACGCCAUUGAUGACGAUGACAUCAUUGAUGACGACGAGGAAGAAGAGGACGAUGUUGUCGACGAGGGCGUGGAUUUACGGUGUCGAGAAAUGAUGGACACUUGAGAGAUUAAACUACCUUAGGAUGAUUUAGACUCGAGGUGGCCAAGUUUCAAAAUGUUCUUUUUGUCACUUGGGUCACCUGUGGUGCUGUACUGAUGAUGAGCUGCAUACUUGACCUUGAUCAAAUGCAAUUUGCUGGAUGGUAUUCACACCAACCCCUUCCAGUGCCUAUUAAACAAAUGAACUUUGUUUUAUUGGUUCUCUAUAUAUAACAAUGAGAUGUCAGCCUGUAUUUGUAAAUUUGUUGCUUGUGACAGUCCUCCCAAGGCAGCUAUAUAUGAUUUCAUCGUCUGCAGGUGUAAACAGACACUUGGACUAUCCUAGCAACAUUAUAAAUACGUGAUUAGCCAUUGCAUGAAGUUGUUGGUUGUGUAAUCUUGUUAAGUUUCUUUUAAAUUGCAACAAUGUGACACUUUAUGAAUUAUGAAGUGUAAAUGUGCCAGUUUUCUUUCUAAACAUAUCAUUUCUGGUAUCUCCACAACCUUUUUAAGUGAAGUAGACUUCACGUGUCCUUCUAACAAAUUGGCCGGUGUCAAUGAUUCUUUAAUUUGUGCCUGUGUGCAGCUCAUCAUCUGUAGAAACCAGUCCAAAUAUGUGUUCAUCGCUAGAGGCCAUAAAGUUGUGCCAAGUCAUAAACUUCUGACUCUUAAGUGAGAUGCCAAGUCUAAUGAUACAAACAUUUUCCAAAAGGUAUCAAGGAAUUGAAAUCAAGCUUGGAAGCAGAGUCUUAUGAUUCAGGCUUCAGAUAAAAAGUCACACAGCUCAUGCCGUGGAGUGGAAAUUCUCAAUGAUUCAGGCAUCUGAGUUCAAUGAUCACUGAGUGUAUGCUUGUGCUGAGUGAAAAUCCUAGUCCCGACGUUUUUGAGGCUUACAGGAAACCAGGUUACUUAAACAGUGUUGUAAAACACUGGUUUCGAUAUUGUAGUCAUUUCAAAUGGCUAAAGAGUGAAGAUAGCGUCUGUGUGAGAAAUUUUUGCUGUUGUUACAGUCGAAGUAUUUAUUGUUAAACUUCAACUCCAGACUAGGUUGGAGAAGGCGUCUGCUUUCUAUACAUUGAGGAACUGAUGUACCCUGGUCUUCUCUGGCCUUGUCUUGAGGCGUUGUAUAGUGUAUGUUCUUGUUGGUCCCUUGUGGUCAGUUGAAGGGCAAUACUCUCCGCGGCAUUGCAACAUUGACGAUAUAGAUAUUCCUCCUGUACCUCCAGACCUCGAUGCAGCGAAGAGUUGAAUAUCUUAUGACAAGAAGGACUCUUUGUUUUGAUUAUACUAUCCCAUCAUAGUCCGAAAAUCAUGUGCACUUACAAAUUUGAUGCAAAAUGUCUGUUACAUUUUGUAAAAACCUUGAAGCACUGUGUGAUAACAGCAGCAUUUGUAACUUUCCUCUUAAUCAGGUAUUGAGUUAUGCUCACUCAACUCCGGUGAUUGACCAUAAUAAUAUGAACACCGUCGAUGUUGUUUUGCGUUUUUGCAGAUAGGUCCAAUAGUUCAUCUGAUAAAUUCCUUGUUGGUUUAUGAUGGGAUAGUGUUAGUGGUCGAGUCUGGAGGCCCCAGUUUUAACUGACUUGGUACAGCUGCCACUGUCUAUGUCAUACUUCAUAGUAUUCCACGUAUCUCAGGUUAAUAAAUGAAGCUCUUGUUUACCACGUCCGGUCUACCCAUAUACGAUCAUCUAUUUGCCAGCACUGAUAUGAGCUAACUGGGCCCAGCAAACCAGAUAGCAAAAAGAUAAAUCAAACUUCAUUGGUGCCUGAUUCUUCCUUACGCUUGUUAAAUUAUUAUACACAUCAGUGAAGUUGAUUCGAAGUUGAUAAUAUUCAAUUCUAGUCCUUCCUUCAUCUCUACGACUACCAGUAGUGAAGGUGUUGUUUUUUCCCCUGAAACAUUGAUCAGGCGGUCAGAAGGAAGUACUGAUAUUUGUAGUAAUCUUUCCUGAAAUCCACAGCUAAAGACCUGAUGGUCAUAACCAUCCUUUGGUGUUCACAAAUUCUGUUUUUAAAUUCACAGCUGUAUUUUGCAUUUUUCACUGAAAAUUGUCCGUUGAAAUCUCAAAUGUGGUAUUGGUUUGUUAGGUCCACGCUCCCUACUUUGGGAGGCAUCAGUCUUCUGACACAUAGUUACAUUGUUUCAAGUAGAAGGUAGCUCAUAUGUUAGCAAAGAAGGGCAGCAGUCUUCUCUAUAGUUGCUUUAAAAGCCAAGGUUAUUGUUGCUGUUUUUCCAGCUUUCCUGCUUUGAAUAUUUUAUCGCUGCUCUACCAGGGGCCAUGGCCAAAAUGAAUGCAAUAUAUCACUCACAAUUUAAGAUAUUUUCUAUUGGGACAAUAUUUGCAAGUCUGAAUACAGCUAAUUCUUGGAAUAGAAGUGGAGGUCCAUUAUAUCAGCAGCUUUUCUCCUACUCUAGGUCAUUAGAACUUCUUGCCAACCUGAACACCAGGAAUAAAAACUGCUUCAAUAAAUCUAAACCGAACCUUUCUUUCCAUGGUGGUCUGUGAAUACGGUUGCUUCGAUCUGUGCAUAAUGUUAAUCUCUCAGGGCUAAGUGAAUUCAUGUGUGCCAUGAUCUAGAAUUUGUAGGAAUUGAUGUCAGUAGCCGUUAAUGCUUGCACCAGUGGUAGAAAAGUGACAUGAAGUUGAUACCUCAUUUCAAGUUCAUGUUGGCUGCUGGCCGAUAGUCUGAGUCGCUCCUCCACAGGUGCUCUUGAGAAAAGUCUCUACAGCACCAUAACCAACUACAGCUCCAUCAAUCGGUUAUUGGUUCCGUUAUACAUAACUUGAAAAGUGGUUUAACAUCAACUUGAAAUGUGGUGAAACAUUAGCUCGGAAUGAAGUUUAGCUUUUUGUUUUUUUGCUGAUAUCAGUGUAAUAUUGACAGCAAGGCGAGCGUCUUCUGUAGGCCCUUUUAUGUUGCCAUCAAGUUUGGAUUGAAGCAUCUGAGAUUCAGCUGAUUAGGUCACUCAGUUGGUUAUGUCUCUCUAUCGUUGAUAGCUCCCCUGUGCUGUUGUUUCAGUGAUAAGAGGUUUAGCAUUUGACAAAUCUAAGGUCUUGCAGUACAGUGUAAAUUUGACAGGAUCUUGGCUACCAAGGCAUACAUUAUGAGCUGAGUGCAAAAUGUGGCCAAUCGACUUGUGCUGUCUUAGACCCUACUCUGUCUAAACAAAAUGUGGCAGUUCUUUUCUAGUCUGUAGCCUUCUUGUUUCCUAUGUGGUUCUAUCCUUUCUUUGAAUAAGAAACCUGAUCUAGAUAGAUUGUAACCUGUACCCCUUGAAUUUGAAACUGAGUUCUAACUGGAAUAGUCCCUGGACGGUGUACUCAUGAUAUCAGGGUAGGUCUGUCCUCUAGUUGUACUAUUAAAAUCUCUAGUCCAGUAUGACUUGUCCAAGUAAAAUGGUUUCGAAAACCCUGAUCUUCACUAAAUUAAGUGGAAAAACCUUUUCAUACAUUCAAUAUUUUGGUGAAUUUUGACCAAGGUAUUACAUUACCUCGGAUGGUGCUGAAGUCACUCCUCAUUUCCUCCAUUCUGACUUUAGUUUUAAAAGGAUUGGUUUAGCUUGGGAUAAUUUGACUGGAAAAGUUAAGAGUUCUUUGGGACCAUUUUGCAUACCAUAACAGUUUUAAUACUUGAUGAUGAAAAAUUGAUGGAGGAUAUUGAUAGCAAUACAGACCAUUUGUACUUACGGUUUUGCUUUCAUUAGUAAUUGCUUAUACAAAUGCUAUCGGGUUUUCUUAACCAUUUCUGUAAAUACCUUUUGUUUCACACAAAUAACUGAAUUCAUUGUGAUAUCUAUAAAGUAUAUUUACUUAUGGAGCUUUUCCUUAUACCUCAGGCACAGAAUUAGACUAAAACUCACUGGUUGGUGGCUGGGCUUAAUGCUAUGAAACACGGCCGAGAUUUCAGUUGAAUUUUAAAGGGAAAACAUAUAAAUAAAAAAAUUCAGGAGGCAGGGCAGACAGAUACAAAAUCUUCAUAUUUGGGCAGGAAAUAGAAUGGAAUUUCCCUUAUAUUUGUAAUGAAUCCUCCUUAUUUUUGUGUAUGAUAAUUCAACUGAUCCCAGAAAGUAAUUGUGAGGUGUCUUCUUGGGUUAAAUGCAUGGCCAUUUCUUGCAACUCUGAGCGUUUCAUAGCAUCAUCGUCAGCACAACCUUGUUCAGUCUAAAGUACAAUGAAAGAAUUCUUCCCUUGGACUUAAACUGGUCUUUGGAUGAAAUAGUUCACAAUGUACAUGGUGCUCCAGAAAAAAAUUGAGAAGAACAUAGAUUUUGCUGGGACGCCCUGUAUUCGUUGUGUAGUUCUUGAGACUUGUAUAUUGUUCAGAUCUGAUGUAGCAUAUAAUGAAAAUGUAGAAACACAAAUGUAUUUAUUCUUAUUUAAUCUUUAAAUAAUUUAUCAAAACUUAAUUGACCUAUUUAUUAUGAACAAAAGCUUUUCAGUGGAAUCUUGUAAAUAUUAUGAAAUCUUGUAGUUCUAAUUGUAGUUGUAAUAAAUUGAUCUUGUCGUGGCAAGAUCACUCCAAGUUUGUUGUGAAUAGAUUCAUACAGUGUGUUACAAAAAUAAUGUUACAGCCAACUUGGGCCAAAAGUUAAAAGUCGACCAACCAAUGUCUUUGGCAGGCUAUAUUGCAGAUUAAACCCAUUUACAGUUUUGGCUGGGACAUAUUUUUGUGACACCCUGUAUAGCAGCAUAUCUGAUGUAUUAAUAUAUUAGUUUUGUCUGUGUUGGAGUCUGUGAGUUUGAAGUGUGAGAAUUGUAUGUGAAGGAUUGCAUUACAUCAUAAAUGUACACAUAAAUUCAUUUCAUUUGUCAUAUUUCAUUUUAUCUACCCAUUUGAAUCAAAGUCUUGUAUGGAAACACAAUGCCAUUUUUUCCUUCAGAUACUUGAAAACCAUGGCAAUCUAAAAAUGAUUAUUGGUUUGUAGUCCAUGAUCGGUGAAAAUAUCCUAUCAGUGCAUUUCUGGGUCAUAUUAUUCAAACCUUACAUCAAAUGCAUUGGAAUGUAGGAAAGCUGUUCUUGAUCUCUGAUGUUAGCUUGAAAAAAUAAAUCAAAGAAUUAGUUUUGAAUGGUGUGUUCACUCCGCUGCAUACUCUGGGUGGAGUGAGGAGAUAAGAAUGCAGAAUUGCAGUUUUUAUUUUCUAAUGUAAGGACAUGAGUUGUAUCCAAUCCAUAUGUGUGAAUAUUUCAGUUAGAAAUGAAAUUAUUUGUAAUUAAUCGAUGGAAUUCAAAGGACAGUCAACCUCGCCUGCCGUGAAUCUGUUGGGACCACCUGUUAGACUUCACUUAGCCAAAUUCUGCCAUACACCAAGUCAAAGUUCUUCGAAGUAUGAGUGUGUAGUCAAUUGAUGCCUCAAGGUUUCACUGAACAUAAUGUUUCAAAUAUGCACAGGCCACCCAUAGGGUAGACUCUGUUGUGUUAGACUUGCGCGAAAUGGCGUGUGCAAAUCACAGGGCUUGAUCUUGGGGAACAGAAAUUACAUUAGAUUUUGAAAAAUAUACUGUGAAAACCACAUCUCAAGUUAGAAAAAUUCGACUACGGGUUUUCUAGUUAAGCACCGUCGAGUGAGGCGAGGUUGGCUGUAAAUAUUAUGUAUAAAAUUGAAAAGAUUUGUGAAAUAAGUAAUUUAUGUGUAAAUGAAAUUGAAAUGUUUUGAAGAAGCUGACAUUAUUUUUAUUCUGUUGUCAUAAUUUUGAUCAAAUUCUGACAAAUUGUUUUAUCUGAAAAUGACCACCUCCAGAACAUUCUAUUUAAAUUUGAUGAAAUUGUUUACGCACUGGAUAUAUAUUAUUUUUGGCAGAUAUCAGUUGAUUUUAUCAAAAAUCAGAAUUUUAAUUUAGAAACUUCAGGUAAACGUUUGAACUGUGAAUAAGAAGAUGUUGUCCUUUUCUGCCUGAAAUGCCUUGAUGGACUAUUGAUGUACAUUGUGGAUGGGUGUCUGCCUGAUAUGGCAUUCUAGGAGAAAGGGUUAAGGAAAGGAACCUAAAAAGUCUGUAAGAAAUAUUCUUAUUCCUCUCCAAUUUUAUGAUUAGCUGUACUUGACUCCUACUGGCCUCCAGUGGCUGGUUAUCUUGAGUCUUUGAAAGAAGUUGUUGGCAAAUAUGAUCUGCAACUUUUUCUGAGAUUGUCAGCUUUCACACUUACAAACACCUUCAGACUUUCAAGGAACUUGGCAAAAAAUAUUUUCUGCCAACGCUUUUUAUGGUUCCUUCCCUUUGAAUGAUGUAAAGCUGUAACUUGAUUGUUGUGUAUAAAUGUUCAGCUAGGAUAACCAAAGAAAUCAAAACCAUUGAACUUUCUCAUGGAGUCCAAUUUUACAUGAUUGGCUAUUGACUAGAAUGAUGCGACUGACAAGGUACAUUCUUUCUGAUGGUGAGGUUGAAAUUCAUUUUUGGGCCGUGAAUAUGAUCACACCUUGGUUGGAUGAUCUGUUCUCUUCAGUGUGUUUGAAUUCAGUAAAUUUUGUUGUAAAGUGAAUGUUGAUGGGGGUUUUCAUGGCUUACGGGCCCUGCGAAUGAGCAAUUUUUUUUUGUACGAUCAUAAUCACUGCUCUGUCCGACAUACUGAUCUCUCACCUGCGGGUAAGACCAAUAAUUGAUGGGUUUGAUGUUAUCACAUGUCACUGCCAUCAGCGAUUCAUGUCGCAGCCACCUGCUAUAGCCAGCCGUAAUGAGCGAUUUAUGUCGCAUGAAAUGGUGAUCGCAGGUAGCAGUCAUUUAAAUUGCUUAAAGUGUAGGCAGACAGUCUAUCGAUGAGUUCAGUUGCAAAGAAAUUCUGUCAUUUUACAAACCACCAAUUAAUUAUACGUUCGAAUGUAACUUGUGAUGUUAAUUUGUAUCUGGAGUCAAGUGCAUUUUCAGGUCUGCCAUUUUAUGCGUUUUAUUCCAUGUUUUAGUAAACCACUGCUCAAAAAUGUCCCAGGUAUGCAGUACACAGUAUGACUCUUUUUAAAUCUUCAUCAAAUCUCAUGAAUGACUCUGAAGAUAUUCAUUGUACGUAUAAACGUUGUAAUAAAAGUUAAAACAAGAUUAUCAAUUACUAGACGCAUCUUUUCAUCACUGAAUCAUUUCUUUCCUCAGGCAAGGGGUUAAGGUCUGAAAUUUCGGUUUAAGGACUGUUUAAUGAAAUUCAGGGAAGACCAUUCAAGCAGCUGAAACUGUUGAGUGCUGAUAAUGUGUAAGAGGGGUGAGCUAAAAGACAGCUUAGACUCAGUUUAUCAAUAUGACAUACAAGGAGUUAAAUUUGAAAAAUUGCUCCGAGUUCUGGCACUUUUCUGUGAUUGGUAAUCUUCCCUGUGUCUCUUGAUCAGUCUUAAAGGUGUUCAGAUAUCUCGCCCAAGACAUCCAAGAGAAUAGUAACGUGGCUUCAUCUUAAUGAAUUUUGUAAUCCAUGGUGUGAAUGCAUUUCCUAAAUACUGGCUGAAACAAGGACACUUCAUGUCUCCACUUUGCAAAGAGAAAUAAAUGUAUUUGAUAAAUAAUGUAUUUUGGUAUAUUUCCUAUAUGUCAUUGACUUAUGACUUUGGUGUGACCAACUGUAUCUUUUGUAAAGAAAACCUGAAGUGCUGUCGUUAUUUACCAUUUGUGGUGAACCUAAUGUUCAGUGGCUUGAUCGAGUGUCUUGGCUCCAAGAUGUAACUGCGGAAAAAGAAAAAUUGACAUGCAUGGUGCUGACAAAAGAAGAAGAAUAAUGGUUGAUAUGCUGCAGAGUGGAUAAACUACUACAAAUUGAAUAGUUUGAGCAAAUCUCCACUUUCUAUGGUGGUGAAUAAAAUUGAUAUAUCGGUUUAUACGGCCCACACAAUAGACUUGCCAGAACCACCCCCUUAACUUCACCAUCUGCAAAGAGGGAUUUCGGGGAGUCCAUUGUGGUCCAGAACUGGCAUAUUAUUAAUUUGAAUUGCCGCUGCGCUUUCACUCGGUGCAUUUUGCUUACCUGAUGUGGUGUACCCAAUUCACCAAAGUGAGUUCAGCAAGGAAUUGGAAUUAUAAAUUCUGUUCUUCAUGACUGAUCAACUGAGGCAUUUUCGCAUGAUCAUAAUAAUCUUGUGUACUACAUGUAGAUGCAGUGUUCAUCAUCAUGUGCAUCAUCUCAGUGAAGUUAUCCUAAAGCUGAAAACAUUGUCAUUCACCAAUAUCUUUUGAACAUAUCUUGUGUUUUGACCGUGGCAUGUCCAAAACCCUCAGAGGGUUAUUUGUUUUUGUAGAAAAUAAUGACCUGAAACAGACAAAAAAACAUGUCAGGGAAUCUUUUCAAAACCAUUUGUGAGUAGCAGCAAAAAUAUAUAAGGCGCGGUUAUAUAUUUUUGGUAGCAGAUGAAACCAGAAAAUGAAACAUGACUUUUGGAAUUAUUUUCUAUCGAUUGAUAUCAGGAUAUCAGUAUACAUGAAGGCAACUGAAUUUGCCAUGUGACACCACCUCUGUUUUGACAGAAAUAUUUCCUUUGCUGACUGCAUCUUUAUCAUCAGAUGGUUUUGUGCAUUUUUUCUCAAUCAUAUAUCAUCAUUGUGUACGUACAUGAGUGUAGUAAGUCUUAACUCUUUCGUAUUUUUCAAUCCAUUUUGUGCGUGUUUAUAUUGGCCUGGUCUUAUAAAGAUUUGCUUCCCUUCGUCAUUGAUAUGAAAGCUUUGGUGUAAGGUUUUGUACAUUAUUUCAGUAGAUAUUUUGUACUGGUAUGUAAUGUUCUAUUUUCUGUAUGUAUUUCUUAACCUUCGCUAAACAACACUUAUUUGUACAAUCACAAACUGUUUGUCCCCAUACUACAUGGUACAGGUGAUCUGGAAUUACAUUUGCCCAACAUCCAUCAUAACUGAAAUGACAAAAGAUCUGUCUGUCCCCCUUGAAACAAUGUUCAAUGGAUAAGUUUCAAGCAGUUGACGGUUUUCAUCAAAAUAAAACCUUGAAACUUGGUGCAGACCAACCUCUCAGUGUUAACAUUAAGUGGAUUCCACAUGUGCGGAUUGGGCAAAGGUGACUUUCAGCGUCCUAGAACCUGUCUGUAUAAUUAUGACAUUAUCUAUUUCAGUUACAUUUGUAAUGGUCCAACCAUGAUUUAAUAUACUUUCAUCCUAAAUCAACACCCUCGGAACAAGAGGGGCAUAUUGCUUCUUCAGACUGCUUCGUCUCAACAGUCGUUCAUGUGGCGUGGUUUAUUUUAAACAUUCUAAUUACUACGGUAAUCCUUUUAUCAAUGAACUGACAGGGUUAAAUACGAGACCAUGUUUUAUGGCAAAAACAAAAGAACUGUUGAGGGUGUUAUUUGGGUUAAUGCUUUUCUCCUAUAUGAUAUAACCACUUGGAAUCCUAUCAAAUGUGUGUGUUUUUGACAGUGAAGCUGCUCUCUUACUUUGUCUAUAACAGACUAUGAUGUACAUGUAUGCUCCAGUAUUGCUACAUGGUUGAGAAGGGGUCCAAUUUGUUCUGAAAAAGGCUCAGACAAUUAUUUGUGAAAUGGAGUAUUGCUUGAUAUCUGGAAGCAUCAAGAAUGACAUGAUAAAAAGAUAUUAUCAGUUGUCGAGAUUGUAUAUUAUUGCUGCCAGGUACAUAAAUGACAGAGUGCAAUCUUGAAAUAUUUCAGUGGUCAAAUAUCAAUGAUAAGCUAUUCAACAUUCAGGCUCUUCACUUUUGCAAAGCACACACAUUUUAACAAACUGACUGCAUCUACCUACCAUUAAAAUGCUGCCGAAGAUUUUUGUACUGGCAUUUUUGUACUUUUUUACAUUCAUGGAAGUUUCUACAGGUUUUGAUGUCGCUGCAUCUUCUGCAGAUGAGCGCAAUAAUUUUAUAUGAAUGUGUAUGAUUUCUAAAGAGGAUAGAAUGUAGUAAGGAUUACUUAAAGACUUAGCUGUUUCAUUGUAUUCAAGAGUGACUGUUCUAGUAUUCUGUAUUAGUAACACUAAGUGACACAUUGAAUAUUGUAGGUUUCACUGGAUUGUAAUGUUCAAAAAGGAGGGAGGACGGUGCUUCUUGUCUGUGCCGACCAAAAUGAUGUUGGCAUUGGCAGAGAUGGAUUCAAUGAUAAUCUGUCUCCAAAUUUAUUCAUUGAAUUAUUAAAAGGAAUUUGGGGGCAAGGGUGGGGGUGGGGGUCUUUAGUCGCCUAAGUAAGGUCUCUGAAACUUUGCCAUAAAAAGCAUUUACCUAAUUGGCCAGGUGUGGAGUUCAAACAUUUUUCAACGCAUUACUCAUCAAUAUAUCAGACUUCAAAAUAAUGCAAUGGAUUAUUCUGUCAACUAUCUCAAAUUCAGACAAGAGGAAAGAGUUUGACAAAUUCUGCCUCAAUCCAAGUUUUCAGAUCUCAUUGAUUUGCGAUCAUCUCACCUGAAAUUGAAUGAAUUCUUCAUGUCUAAGCCUAUUUCGAGUGUGUUUGGUAUCUCUUGCAUUCCGAGCCUCCCUCAUUUAAGAGUCGAUAUUUCAUGUCUAUGAGAACAAUAUGUUGUCUGUAUUGUCAAUAAUGUAAAGCUGUGAUUUCAUGUCACUCCAUCCUGGGAAUAUUCUUGGUGGAUUUGUGUUUAGCAUAGUGUUACUUCAUCAAAUAUUUAAGUUCCAGAUUUUGUGUUGCCAAAUAAAUUAUUACUGAAGGAAA